GUAUUCCAGUGUUGCCUAAACAGCAAAUGGAUGGAAGCCUUCAUUCUGAACUUUUUGAAUUAAUGAAUGGAACAGAAUAUAACUUUAGUGUGGAUGAUUACACAACUAAAUUGACUGCAUCAGAGAAACAACACUACAGUUCCAUUGUGGAAGUAAAUAUUGAAACAUCUAGAUGUAUUGAAAAGAAAACUCGAUUACAGAGUAAGAGUAAGUUUUGGUUUGACCAGCGCCAACAUAGAAUAACGGCAUCCAACUUUGGGACUUUCUGUAGACUAAAAUCAUGUACUAAUCCAAUAACAACUUUCAAUAGAAAGCGGAAGUUUUUCACGUGCAGAAGUGUCCGCCAUGGUGUAGAUUAUGAGUCAGCUGCAUUUGCCAAGUAUAGUGAAGUCCAACCCUGUGAAAGUUGCUCAGCAGGUUUAAUAAUAAAUCCCAAAAUACCAUAUUUAGGUGUUAGUCCUGAUAAAAUUGUGCUUACCAACAGUGAAUUGAAACUUGUAGAAGUUAAGUGCCCUUACAGUGUGUUUCAAAAGAAAGUCAAAAUUUGUCAACAAAUUAAGGAAAAUAAUUUCUACUUAAAAUAUGUUGACGGAGAGGUGAAACUGUCUGAGACUCAUGAUUAUUUUUAUCAAAUUCAAGGUCAGCUUAAUAUUACUGGUGUAAAUAUUUGUGAUAUGGUGGUGUUUGUGCCUCCAGAUGAUAUUGUUAUUGUUUCCAUUAAAAAAAGACAAACACUUUUUUGAAAACA